CCGGAAGUAGGUUUUCAUAAAGCCCACGAAGUAGAGGCUUAGAGGCUUGUGUUAUUUGCUUCCGUCGACUCUUUCAAAUAUAUGACAUAAAUACCGUGGAUUUUAUACAGAGCAUGCAGAAUCGUUGCGCUGUGCUGACAUGCCCCAGCGGCAAAACGGACUUUCAGCCAAUGUUCCGGUUCCCUCAUGAUCAAGAAAGAUCCAGGAGGUGGGUUGAAAAAUGCCAGGGAGAAAAUCUCAUCGGCAAAUCCCCAGAGCAGUUGUACAGAUACUACAGAAUCUGCAAAAGACAUUUUGAGACAUCUGCAUUUGACUGUGAUGCUGAUGGUGCAGUCUUGAAGAAAGAUGCCGUACCUACUAUUUUUGAUGCAUCAGUCCCACCUCAAAGCAGCCAGCUGAAGCACAGCAAAGAUGUGAUCAGUAUGGUAAUCGGCCCAAAGAUAAUGAAAUGGAGAAAAUGGGGAAGAAAAAGGUCAAAACGAUGCAUGCAGAGACAGGUGUGGAAGACGUCCAGAUGGAUUUGGAAAAAGAUGCAAUUAAAACACAUCUCGAGCAUCUGUUUGAAGUUAUUUCCCUUUUUGGACAGCAGGGCAUUCCGCCAACAGCCUCUACUG